UUGAUUUUAUUUUUUAAAUAUCAAGGUGACCAUGCUGUUCUGUGUGUCAGAAUCAAGAACGUAGCAGUAGCUGUGACAAAAGCAGCUAGACUUCACCUGUUUCAAGCACAGGAAUGGCAGAAGCUGCAGAACAGUAUCCAAGAUCACAGCUGUACAGAGAAGUUCUCUAAAGCUCAGCUGACAAUGACUGUGAACCACACAGAGCAAAAUCUGACAGUGUCCCAGAUUCCUUAUCCGGAAACAUGGUAUGUGUUUUACGUAGACAAGUUUACCUGCGAGGAGAAUUAUUCUGAAUCCGAGGAUAUUCAGUUUGAAAUGGUCUUACUAAAUCCAGAUGCAGAAGGGAAUCCAAUAGAUCACUUUAGCGCAGGGGAAUCUGGAUUACAUGAAUUCUUUUUCCUGCUUGUCCUAGCAUACUUCAUAACUGCUUGCAUAUAUGCGCAGUCCCUAUGGCAAACAAUUAGGAAGCGUGGACCUAUGCAUACUGUUUUAAAGGUGCUGACAAUUGCAUUACUGUUGCAGGCUGGUUCAGCUUUUGCCAACUACCUGCAUUUCUCAAGUUAUUCUAGAGAUGGAGUAGGAGCACCUUUUAUGGGAAGUCUGGCAGAAUUGUGUGACAUAGUCUCACAGAUACAAAUGCUGUAUUUAUUGUUGAGCCUGUGUAUGGGUUGGAUGAUAGGCAGAAUGAAGAAAUCUCACGGCAGACCUCUUCAGUGGGAUUCCACUCCAACAUCUACUGGCAUUGCUGUAGUAGUUGUUGUUACACAGAGCUUUUUAUUAAUUUGGGAGCAGUUUGAAGAUACGAAUCACCACAGCUACCAUUCACACCAUGGCUUAGCAAGUGGACUGCUUAUUGGCCUCAGAGUUUGCCUGGCUUUGUCACUGGCUGCCGGCCUUUACCAGAUCAUCACAGUGGAGAGAAGCACGCUGAAAAGGGAGUUCUAUAUCACCUUUGCCAAAGCCUGCAUUCUCUGGUUUUUGUGCCACCCAUGUCUUGCAACCAUUUCUGUAAUAUUCAGAGAAUAUCAAAGAGAAAAGAUUAUUACCAUAGGUGUUAUCCUCUGUCAGUGCAUCUCCAUGGUUAUCCUCUACAGACUUUUUCUAUCUCAUAGUCUAUAUUGGGAAGUAUCUUCACUGUCAUCAGUGACAUUGCCACUAACAGUAUCCUCUGGACAUAAAAAUCGACAUCACUUCUGAGAUGUUUAGGAAGAAUACAUUAUUUAAUAAAUGUGCAAUAAUGACCUAAAUAUACAGGUAUUUUUGUCACAGGCAUGUGAUACAUUG